GAGGCCUGCAUCAAUUCAGACAGGACGGCUUUCUAUUGGAUUGGUUGAGGGGGAAAAAAGAGAGGCGGGGUUUGCGCCUGUACUGUGAGGCUAUAUAAAGGUGGGACAAAGACAGGAGCCAGGCCGUUUUUUAAAAAAAAUCACCUCAGCGGCUACCGCCAUUUUGUUCCUGGGGGGACUCCGAGGAGGAGGAAAAAGCCGUGUCGCUGUCCGGUACCACUCCAACCGCCACCAUUUUUGCCAUGUCGAGAGACCGUUUCCGUAGCCGUGGAGGCGGCUUUCAUCGGCGCGGGGGCGGCGGAGGCCGAGGCGGCCUCCCAGGGAACCACGACUUCCGUUCACCGCCGCCGGGCAUGGCGGGCGGGAUAGGCCAGUCCCGCGGCAGCCAUCACCACAUGGGCGGUGGUCUCGGAGGGCCUUCUAAGCCAGAGCCUGCUAAGCCGCCUAUCUCAGCCUCCACCCCGCCUUCCUCCGCGGUCUCCGUCUCCUCCAGCCCAGGCGGCUCGUCGCCCUCCGUAGGGCCCACCCAGAACCAGGUCGGCCCACCGCCUCCGGCCUCUUCCUCCUCCGCCCCCACCCCCACCCCGAGCUCGGUCUCUGCUCCCGCCGCCGCCUCGGGACUCCAGAGUGGUAGUCGGGGUGGGGACCAGCCGCCGCCUCAGCAGCAAUCGGCGCCGCCCAACCAAAGCUCUGUCCAGGGGGGCUCUAAGAAGGGGCCUGGCCAGUCGCCCGGGCAAGGCGGAGGACCGGUUGGUGGCCUUAAGGGGGGACCAGGAGGUUCCCAGCAAGGAGGAGGAGGAGGCCCCAAGGGCGGCGGGCCCGGGCAGCACCGCGGCGGCGGGGAGAGGCGAGGAGGACAAGGCCAGCAUCAGUACCCGUCGCAGCAGCAGCAGCAGCAGCAACAACAACAACUGCAGCAGCAGCAGCAACAAGGCGCCGGUGGGGAGAAAAUGUCCGAUGCAGAGGGCUUUAAAGCCAAUCUAUCACUUUUGAGACGGCCUGGAGAGAAAACCUACACACAGCGUUGUCGUCUCUUUGUUGGGAAUUUGCCUGCCGAUAUCACAGAAGAGGAAUUUAAGAGGUUAUUUUCUAAAUAUGGUGAACCUGGUGAAGUCUUCAUCAACAAGGGAAAGGGCUUUGGCUUUAUUAAACUGGAAUCCCGUGCUCUGGCCGAAAUUGCAAAGGCAGAACUUGAUGAUACUCCCAUGAGAGGAAGGCAGCUUCGUGUGCGCUUCGCCACCCAUGCCGCUGCUCUUUCUGUGCGUAAUCUUUCUCCGUAUGUGUCCAAUGAACUGCUGGAGGAAGCAUUCUCUCAGUUUGGCCCAAUUGAAAGAGCGAUUGUGAUUGUAGAUGAUCGUGGCAGAUCAACAGGAAAAGGCAUUGUUGAAUUUGCAUCUAAGCCAGCAGCACGAAAAGCAUUUGAACGUUGUUCCGAAGGUGUCUUUCUUUUGACAACUACCCCAAGACCAGUUAUUGUGGAGCCACUUGAACAAUUGGAUGAUGAAGAUGGUCUUCCAGAGAAGCUAGCUCAGAAAAAUCCAAUGUAUCAAAAGGAGAGAGAGACGCCUCCACGAUUUGCGCAGCCUGGAAGUUUUGAAUAUGAGUACUCUCAGCGAUGGAAGUCUUUGGAUGAAAUGGAGAAACAACAGAGAGAUCAGGUGGAGAAAAACAUGAAAGAUGCCAAGGACAAACUGGAAAGCGAAAUGGAAGAUGCCUAUCAUGAGCAUCAGGCAAACCUCUUGCGCCAAGAUCUCAUGAGGAGACAGGAAGAACUGAGGCGUAUGGAAGAACUUCACAAUCAAGAGAUGCAAAAACGCAAAGAAAUGCAGCUAAGGCAGGAAGAAGAGCGCCGUAGGCGGGAAGAAGAGAUGAUGAUCCGCCAACGUGAGAUGGAAGAACAAAUGAGAAGGCAAAGAGAAGAAAGUUACAAUAGAAUGGGUUACAUGGACCCUGUAAGUCAGGGCUGGAAGAAUCCCAGUAGUCUGGUUGCCCAAGUGCCUGCAUCUCAGAGGGAGAGGGACAUGAGAAUGGGUAGUACCAGCACAAUGAACAUGGGAGAUCCCUAUGGUACAGCUGCUCAGAAAUUCCCACCUUUAGGGGGUGGUACUGGCCUUGGCUAUGAAACCAGUCCUGGAGUUGGACAAGCAUCUAUGAGUGGCUCUAUGAUGGGAAGUGAUAUGCGCCCUGAGCGAUUUGGGCAGGGAGGUGCGGGGCCUGUAGGUGGCCAGGGCCCUAGAGGAAUGGGGCCUGGAACUCCAGCAGCUUAUGGGAGAGGGAGAGAAGAAUAUGAAGGCCCAAACAAAAAACCCCGAUUUUAGAUGUGACGUAGAUUUUCAUUCCAGUUUGUUUUGUUUGUCUUGUUUAGACACUACUUUUUUUUAAUUCUUGCAUUUUAGUAAGAAAGCUAUGUUUUUAUGGAUGUUAGAAACUUAACGACCUAGAACUUGUAAGUGGUCUGGGCAAGAAAAAUAUAAUUAUGUAAUGCAGUGUUCAAAACCUAGCUUUUUUGAUGUAUUACGUCCCUACCUUGAUGGCAGUGUACCGUGUGCCAUUUGAAUUCCCAAGUGUAAACUUUUUUUACUGUGCUUAAAAUAAAUAGACUAAAUGUA